GUCGAGUUGGUCUUCGAGUCAGUCUUUUACUUUCAUGUAGUUUUGCAGGUGGGCGAUUGGAACUCGACACCUCAAUAGAAGUUUCUAAUCGUCACGACGUCACAUGACUAUCCACAAUGCGCCCGCACUAGCACUGGCACUGGGACAAAGAGUUCCACAGUAACAUUUUGUCUAGACCAUGGACUCCAACAACUGGCGCGUUCCGCGUGAGCCUUCCAGAGAAGAGGACAAACCUUCCAGAAAAGAUGUGCCGUCACGUCCUUCAGAGAGGACAAGAGAGAAAAGGUCCUGGGAAUCCUUUUCCGGGUGGGGAGGCGUGCCAUCAAACACAGAUGGACAACCACAAUACAAGUACCGAGGAGGAAGCAAUCCCACAAGAGGCCGCGAUAGAGCUCCCUUUCCGCGACCAACCAAACAUAUUGCACGGGAUCCCAAAGCAGAACAAGCCAUAGACGAGGGACGCAGAAUAUACGUUGGAAAUCUACCUUACGACGCCCAGAUAGAUGAUUUACGCGGUCUUCUCGCCGACAUAACACAUUCCAUUCAAGAUAUCAGCAUGUCGGUGGAUCCUAUGACAGGCCGAAAUCCUUCUUACUGCUUCGUUGAUUUUACUUCAAAAGCAGAGGCUGAAAAAACCAUUCAACACUACAACGGUCUUAGGUUCAUGGGCAGACCUCUCAAAGUGAAGCCAGCAGUCAACGCGGGUGAAGGCAAGGGCCGUUACCACCUCAAAAAGGACACCCUCCAGUCCAGAAAUGACCCAGAAAUGGAAGCACCAAGUGCGGAGAACGACAAAACCCCAUACGCAUUUGAUAGUUCGCGUCGAUUGGAUGCCGAAUACAACCCGAAAGAGCCCAAUGUUUCCACCGUGGGAGAAGACCGUCGUGUAUUCGUUGGCGGACUCCCCAGGUUUCCCGACCAAGUCACGACCAGCCUCAAAAUGAAGGAGCUCUUCGAAGGCUACAACAUCGGGGCUAUCAGCAAGCUCAUCUCUCCACAUGAGUCAAUCAAGACUGAUCCAGGCAAUAGCUACCACUGUUACGUAGACCUUGGUUCUGCUGAGGAAGUCGACAAAGCAGUCGCAGAACUUGACGGAAUAGAAAAAUGGAACUGGAACCUCCGAGUUGCACGUUCGAAUCGUGUAUCCAGCGAACUCCGUGAGAGACAACGGGUUUACAUUAACAACCUCCCGAAUGCGUUGGGGUAUGAUGGAGAAGUGACCUUAGAGGGCGAGCUCAGAAAUCUACUUCAUCCUUUUGGCGAACUUGAGUUCGUGAGUAAGAUCUUUUCUCGUUACAAAAAUGAAAGGACGGGACUGAAGAGUGGAUGCUACUGUUUUGUGGAGUUUGACAAGGCGAGUCAGACGGAUGCUGCUAGUCGGGCAUUGGAUGGAACUCUGUUCCACGGUAACACGCUGACUUUUCGUGCUUCGAAAAAAAGAAGUGCUCUGGAAGAGCAUUUUUCGAGAGAGUAACUUAUAAAGGUUCUGAUUUAGGGUCGUUCUUAUGACUUUCUAAAAUGUCCAUGGCGAU